AUGGAGCCCCCCAGCGGCGAACGCGAGCCGGGUGCCCUCAGCAAGUCCGGCAGCCCGCUCGGCCCGCACCACGACACAGCCGCAGCAGCGCAGCAGAGGCCGGCCGAGAAGGGCGGCCCCCACAGCCCGGUAAGCGAGGAUGUGCACUUUGUCCACCCCGAGGCGGCCUCGCUCUUUGCCAAGUGCCGAUGGAUACGGCACGUCCCCAUCUUUAGCGAGGCAGCCGAGGGCUACGGCCCCAAGGCGGUCGUCUCCCUCGGCAUGUGCUACCUACUCUGCAAGGGCAUCGCCGAUCAGCUAAUUUCCUACUCGCGGCAGCCCAUGUUCAUGUCGCGCUACGGCAUCGACGGCCAGCGGUAUCAGCGCCUGGCCGGCAUCUCUACCAUGGGCUGGUCCAUCAAGGCCCUCACCGCGAUGCUCUGCGACGGCUUCGCCUUCCUCGGCUACACGAAGCGCUGGUACAUGUUCGUGUCCUGCGUCGCCGGCAGUGCCUUCGCGCUGAUCUACGGCCUGCUGCCCGCGAAGCCCGCCUCCGCCGACACUGCCGCCGCCUUUGUGUUCCUGUGCUCGUACGGUAAGGCCAACGUGGACAUCCUGUCGGAGGGCCACUACAGUCGCCUGAUGCGCCAGAACCCGCAGCCCGGCCCGGCGCUGGUGAGCUGGAUCUGGUGGUUUAUCAUGGUUGGCGCCAUCAUUGCGGCGGCGAUUCAGGGACCCCUGUCCGACCAUGGCAAGCAGCAAGUCGGCGUUUUCAUCUCCGCCGCUCUACAACUUUCCACCGCCGUCUUCUUCCUGUUCAACUGGUACGGGGAGAAGAAGAACCGCGUGGAGCGGGCGGCCGAUGCGGCGCUGCUCUACGCGGAGCUGCAGAAGGAGCGCGUGGCGCUUGGUCUGCUGCCGGCCCAGGACACCAUGCACGUCAAGGGCGAGGAGGACGAUGUGGUCGCUCUGGUCAGCGCUGCGCCGAGUGGAGCGGGCGCCAAGGGAAGGAAAAGCUCGCACCUGGAGAACUACGUGUCGGACGAGGAGUGCGUGCAGGACCUCGUGCAGCACCAGGGCGAAGCCCUCGAGGACGAGGAGCUUUCGGAGGAGUACCUGCCCUACGAAGCAUCGCCGCCCGUCCCCUGCCUCUUCGGUCUCUUCGAGAUGAACAAAGAGGUUAUUGCGCGCAACUGGAGGAUCUUCGUGUACAGCGUCGUCAUGACGUGCGCGGUCGUGGCCAUGACGUGCGGCUCCAUUCUCGCGGACUCGCUGGGCCUGCUCAUCAUCUGCGUCGUCGUGUCGACCAUCUGCUGCGCCACGUCCUUCUGGGCCCUGCCACUGGUGAUUGCCAAGGCGAACGUCUUCGGCUACCUGCACCAGGCUGUGUACCUGCAGCUGCCCGGCGCGCUUGACAGCUUCUACUUGGCCAAUGCGGAAUGCUUGCCCGACGGGCCGCACUUCUCGUACACCUUCUAUAACACCGUGGCGGCCGUCAUUGGCAACGUCGGAGGUCUUGCUGGUGUGUCAGCCUUCAACUACAUCUUCUCCAAGCGCAGUUACCGCCUGACGUUCUGCAUCACGACAGUCGUGCAGAUCGUUGCCUCCCUGUUCGACAUCAUCAUGGUGAAGCGCUGGAACGUGCACAUCGGCAUCCCGGACCACGCGAUGUACAUCUGCGGUGAUGCCGUGGUGUAUCAAGUGUGCUACAUGCUGGCCUGGAUGCCGAUGAUUGUGCUGCUGUCGCGCCUGUGCCCUCGCGGCUCGGAGAGCGUCGUGUACGCUCUGAUGGCCGGCUUCUCUAAUCUCGGCCAGUCCACCUCGUCGUCCAUUGGUGCGAUCAUCAUGGAGUACGGCUGGGGCAUCACCACCACCCCCCCGUGCGACUUCAGCAACGUGCCGUGGCUUCUGCUUGUGGGUCACAUCAUGCUGCCGCUGCUUGUGCUGCCCCUGACGCUGCUAAUCCCCAAGGCGCGCAUCUGCGAUGACCUCGACAUCGACGGCAAGGCUAUCAAGAGCGCUGUCAGCCACAAAGUUGCCGUGGACGCGGCGCAAGAUGAAGACGACCUUGGCGAGAGCAUCCUGCCGAUGGAAACUAUUGGCGUCGCUGCGAAAGAGCCGCAUGCAGAGAGGGCGCGCGAGUGA